AUGGCCUCUCCAUCUGUCCCACGUCGACGUCUCCCACUCGAACUGCAGGUGCAAAUAAUCUCGUACCUCUCCGUCGAGGACCAAAUCCGUGCGGCUGAAGUUUCCCAAACUUGGUGUCGCAUCAUCAAAGACUCGCAAUCGAUGCGUAAAUCCCGAUAUUCUUCAGAAAGAACCGCCCGGGGUAUCCACUGCUUGAUCUCAACUAAAUCAGAAUGCUUCCGCUGCGAUGUUAUAGACACUUCAUUUCGGGAGUACUACUUCCAGAGAAAUCGCUUAAGGAACGACAACCCUUUUCUUGACGAACCAUUUUUUUCGCCUACUGCGUGGAACGGUGAAGACCCGAAACUUGCGAAUUGGAUAAACCGUAUGGAGUUUGAUUUAUUCACAAGUGUGCCAGGCCUUCCUCGACUGACUUGGCGUGGAACUGAAUAUUGGGGGGAGAAUAUCACGGUUCGAAAAUUCAUGGAGGCAAUGUUAAAGCCCGUUCUUGAAGCGGAGGGUGGAGUGGCUGCCAACGGCUCUCUCACAUUCUUCAUAGCAAUCAAUACUAUAGCUAGUGCCUAUAGCAUUGAUUUUUACGGCAGAAGCUCCGGGAAUGGAUGA